UAAAUAUGUGGUAAAGAGGAUAACAGGUGCAUAUUACAACAUACAACAAACAAGUGGAUGUAAUGAAGAAGCAGAAGUAGCAGCCAUAUGAAGGGUCAAGAGCCCCGGUCGAGCUCCUCCUGUGCAGCCUGCAAGUUCUUGAAGAGAAGAUGCAGCCCCAACUGUCUUUUCGCCCCUUAUUUCCGCUCCGAUGAGCCCAAAAAAUUUGCUAAAGUCCACAAAGUGUUCGGAGCAAGCAACGUUAGCAAGAUCCUCAUAGAAGUCCCCGAAGAGCAACGCGAAGACACAGUGAAUUCCCUGGUUUUUGAGGCCGAGGCUAGGCUCAGAGACCCUGUCUACGGUUGCAUUGGCGCCAUAGCUUUGCUGCAGAAGAAGAUGGUUGAGCUCCAGCAUGAUCUGGCGAUUGCUAGAACUCGGCUUGCUCGCUAUGUUGUUGCCAAGCCUUCUCAUCCUCAUCAGCAUCAGCAUCAGCAUCAUCCUCUCUUGCUCCUGGAUAAUAAUAAUCAUGAUCAUAUUGUCGUGUCACCUCUUGUUGAUCUUCCUGGAGUGUGCAGCGAUGGAUGGGUUGAGAGUUUUAACCAGAAUUCAUUGGAAUCAUAUCAAGGUGGAUCUAUGGGUGAAUUAAGCCAAUUCCCAUUUCCAUUGUGAAUCUCUCUCCUUCUCUCUCAUAUGUCUAAUAAUUUGGAGUAGAAUGUCCUUCAAUUUGCAUAUCUUUCCAUCCAAGAAGCUAUUAUUGUAGAAUUGAAAUUUGAUGGAAAUUAAUGGAAAUACUCUGGAAGUUGAAUUUUGGGUGCAAA